GCAGUAGCAGGUGGGCAGAGUUGAAGUAAUGAGAGGCUACAGAGUUGCUGUGAAGAGGAUUUUCAUAUUUUAAGUGUUAAAAGAGCACAGGCGGAUAUAAUGUAGCUAUGGCUAGUGUUAUGUGACUGUAUAUUUAUAUAUUCAAUCCUUUUAUUUUGGGUGUAGUCACAGUAAUACUUAGAAAACAAACUUCAGCUGCUUAUUUUAUUUUGUAAUGGGUGGUCAGCCUCCACACGCUUGUUUAGCGUGAAUGAAAUUAGCGACAGCAAAAGGUGAACUCCUUUUCAUUCACAAAGCUGUUUUUUUAAGGGAGCUACAUUUCGGGGAAGAAACAUGGCUUUAGCGAAAUUCAGCAAAAUAUUGCGACUCUCAAGUUUAGACAGAAAGAAACAGAAGCAGUAUGAACACGUACACCGGGACUUAAACCCCAAUGACAUUUGGGAGAUUAUUGGAGAGCUGGGAGAUGGAGCAUUUGGGAAAGUUUACAAGGCAAGAAACAAAGACAAUGGUGUACUAGCUGCUGCAAAGGUGAUUGAGACAAAGAGUGAAGAAGAGCUGGAAGACUACAUGGUGGAAAUUGAUAUUUUGGCUUCCUGUGAUCAUCAUUACAUUGUCAAGCUGCUUGACGCCUUUUACUUUGAGAACAAGCUGUGGAUCAUGAUUGAAUUCUGCCCUGGAGGAGCAGUAGAUGCCACCAUGCUAGAACUGGACAGAGGCUUGACAGAACCACAGAUACAGGUCAUCUGUCGUCAGAUGUUGGAAGCCCUGGACUACCUGCACAGCAUGAAGAUAAUCCACAGGGACCUGAAAGCUGGGAACAUUUUACUCACACUGGAAGGGGACAUCAAACUUGCGGACUUUGGUGUGUCAGCAAAAAACACCAAAACCCUUCAAAGAAGAGAUUCGUUUAUCGGGACACCCUACUGGAUGGCACCAGAGGUGGUGAUGUGUGAGACCAUGAAGGAUGCCCCUUAUGAUUACAAGGCUGACAUCUGGUCCCUUGGAAUCACGCUGAUUGAGGUGGCGCAGAUUGAACCUCCUCACCAUGAGCUGAACCCCAUGAGGGUCCUUCUGAAAAUUGCAAAGUCUGAUCCUCCCACUUUAGAGCAGCCAGCCAAGUGGUCAGCAGAGUUCAAGGAUUUUCUGAAGAAGUCAUUGGAUAAGAACCCUGAAACUCGUCCAACUGCAGUACAGCUCCUGGAGCACCCCUUUGUGAGCAAAGUGAAGUCGAACCGACCUCUCCGGGAGCUGGUUGCAGAAGCGAAAGCUGAAGUCAUGGAGGAAAUAGAGGACAACAGAGAGGAAGAUGAAGACUCCUCAGAACUCACAAGCACACCAGGGAAAGAUCCAUCUGAAACAAGCCAGACAAGUGAUGAUCAGGAACAGUCUGUGGAGACUCUUGCCAAGAGCAAAGUCGAAGAUCUGAAAGGGCCAGCAGAAAUUCUGCCCAAGGACCAGUUGGACAAGCUGAGCGACAAAUUAUCUGACGAAGGUAUAGGCAUUGGGGACAGCGACAAACCAGAGAGUGAAAAGUCGAUAAAGACCAGCAGCUCUGACUCAGGGAACGAAGAUGGCAAGAGCACCCCUACCCCUGAGGAGGAGAAGCCAGUGGCCCUGCCAGAGGCCGACCUCCCACAACCCUGUACACCUUCAGAGAGCGGCAGGCCGCAGCUGGGCCAACAGGACAGCGCAGAGAACACGCCCAUGGAGUCGACCGCCAGCCCGGAGGUUCUAAAACGUAAAGGAAUCCCGAAAAAGAACGCAGCUCAGCGCAGGUCCACAGCGGGGAGUGAAAGCGAGAACCUGGACAGCUUAAUGCCAGAGGCCAAUGGGAGAUCCUCCAAACGCUACUCUGACUCGGGCAGUGUGUCCGCUUCUGACAGCAUAGACCUCAGCCUGAAUCUGUCUGGAGAGCUUUCUCUGAACAAGGAGACUGGGUCGAUAUCGGUGCGGGACUCCAAGUUUUCUAGCAAGACGCUGAAGCGCACCAGGAAGUUUGUUGUGGAUGGUGUGGAGGUCAGCGUGACCACAUCCAAAAUGAUAGGAGAUGACGAAAAGAAAGAUGAGGAGAUGAGGUUUCUCAGGCGCCAGGAGCUGCGAGAGCUGCGACUGUUACAGAAGGAGGAGCAUCGCGCCCAGGCCCUGCUCAAUGCCAAGCUGGAUACACAGCGGGAGCAGAUGCAGCGCCGCUUUGACCAGGAGAUGAAUGCAAAGAAGAAGUAUUACGACACGGAGCUGGAGAAUCUGGAGAAGAAUCAGAAACAAGUGAUUGAAAAAAUGGAGCAGGACCAUGCUCUUCGCCUGCGAGAUGAGACCAAAAGGAUACGCUCAGAGCAGGAGCGCGAGUAUAGCAAAUUUCAGGAGCAGCUCAAACAGAAAAAGAAGGAAGUCAAACAUGAAGUUGAGAAACUUCCCAGAAGUCAGAGAAAGGAAAGUUUAAAACUGCGCAUGAAUGAACAUCAACAGAUGAAGCAAACUGAGGAACAGAAGUUUCUGGCAGCUCAGAAGAGCGACCUUGAUGCGGCUCUGAAGAGGAUCAUAGCUGAAAACAAGCAUGAGAUUUCAGAAAUGGAGCGCGAGUGCCUCGACAGAAAACACCAUCUAAUGAGAGAAAGGGAAUCCACCAUCUGGGAGCUAGAGGAGCGUAACCUGCACGAGAAACACCAGCUGUUGAAACAGCAGCUCAAAGAACAAUACUUCCUGCAGCGGCACCAGCUUCUCAAGAAGCAUGAAAAGGAGCUGGAACAGAUGCAACAUUAUAACCAGCGGAUGAUUGAGCACCUGAAGGCCAAGCAGCAGCAAGAGAAAGCCAGGCUGCCCAAGAUCCAGCGCAGCGAAGGGAAGACCCGUAUGAUGAUGUUCAAAAAGAGCCUGAGGAUCAACUCCUCAGGAAGUGCAUCAGAAGACCGUGAGAAGAUCAAACAGUUUGCACAGCAGGAGGAAAAGAGGCAAAAGGCCGAGAGGCAGCACCAGCAACAGAAACAUGAAAACCAGAUGAGGGAGAUGAUGGGCCAAUGUGACAGCAAUAUCCGGGAGCUGCAGCAACUGCAGAAUGAAAAAUGCCAUCUUUUGGUUGAAAAUGAGACUCAGAGACUUAAGGCCUUAGAUGAGCAGCACAACCAUCAACUUAAGGAAUGGAGGGAACAGCUCAGGCCUAGAAAAAAGGCAUUGGAGGAUGAACUAAACCAGAAGAAAAAAGAGCAGGAGAUGUUCUUUAAGAUGAGUGAAGACUCUGAGUGUAUGAGUCCCAGUUCACCCAACAAGCUUGCCAAAUUCUUACCAUACUCCGAUUCUUCAACUACUUAAUCAGAAGAUUGGUAGAAAGAGGCAAUGUCAUAACAGGAAACUCAGGACCAAUAUAAGAGUCAAAGACAUGACUGCAAAGCCACACCAAAUAUAUCAAGAAACCCAUUGCUCUUAUACAGUAUGUGCUCUUUAAACUUAACUGUUUUUUAAACUUUUAAUUUUUUUAUUUAGCUCUAUUUACAUGCGAUGAGUUACUUUUCAGUUGCCCUGUUUGAACUGGUAAUCUGGCAGUUAAGGUAUUCUAAUUAAGACCUACAUUUUCUUCAAAACAUGGUGCACUUAGGAUUCUAUUCUGUUCUAUAGAUGUAGUGAGUAAAGUUUUAAGUUACUUUUUGUAAAUUUCAUGUAAUACAACUUUUAGAUUGCUGUGUUUUUAGUAUUUCUCUUAAGUGAAAUAUUUGAAGAUGCCAAAGGCAGCAUACUUUUGUAGUGUUCUACUGUAGCGGACCCUAUCCUGGCUUCUAGAGUGCAUUUAUCAGUCUGUUUAAAACACUUUCAGUAGACAACACAAUUUUCACAGUGUCAUACUCCAAAUGGUCACAUUGCAUUAGCUAGAAAAAAUUGCACAUUGGGUUUUGUUUUCCAGCUUUCAACUGUAAAGUUUAAAAGCAUUUUGUACUGGAAAUGUCACUCAAAGCACUGUUAUUUGAGAAAGCAUCCCAACAUUUGAUCCUGAGUUAAAUGUUCCACACAAAAUACAGAUAUACAGUUUUUGUUUUAUUUAGAUUUGCCAAUUUAUCCCUUGGUUCUUUUGGCACAAAACCUUUUUUGUGGAAACAAGUUAAUGUGUCCUAUUACUGGCAGUGUCAAUUUGUCUUGUGGAAAAAGUGUCUACUUCUGAAGGAAAAUAAGGCUAUCUGUGACUUCAAUUUAAUAGUGUGCUGCCACAUGCAACUCCAAAAGUGAAAGCCGAGUUUACUUUUUAAACUUCACUCAAAGCACCCUAGCUUCUGUUUAGCAAUCGGGUGUAUUCUGUGUAUGCACUGUAUAUGUCACACAGUGCUGCUGGGGCAUUGUCUAACAUACUGUAGCUAAUCACAUUUAAAACAUAUUUAAGAUAUUCUGCUGUCUUAAGGGUAUGAGGUUAACGUUAAUUUGUUUGGGUCAUACUACACACGUCCUUCCUCUACCUUAAUCUGUUUUCAUUCACACUUUACAUUGGCUGGCACCAAAAUGUUAAUUUGUCACGUAUAUAAGUUAUCUUAAUACUCUUGAAUAUAUAAAAUGUGUAUAUUUAGGUUUUCAGAUUGUAAACAUAAGACUGCUGUAGAAAUCAGUGUACAAAGUCCAUGUCAAAUCAUCUUAAAGUCUGAUAAAAUAUGAAUAUUUUGCUGUAGAGCUUCUCUUAAUUCUGUUUUGCAUCAGUAAAACCUUAAUAUAUAGAUUUUUGUUUUGAAGGAAAAUAACUCAGCUGUUAAGUUGCUCUUUUGAAAACUAGGUCUAAGCAGGUUUACUUUCUGCCAUGCUAUUUUAGUGUUUUUACUGUAAAGUUGAGUUAAAGCACUGAGGGACUCAUGGCCUGGUAAUACAUCUGAGAGUCUUUAUCUGAAGGAGCCAGAAGUCCAAUACUGUUUGUCAGUGGGCUAAGAGUAUAGUUUCUUAAUGCUUUAAAUGUAAAUACAUACAGAACAUCUAUUAUUCAGAUAAAUAUUUUUAUUCAAAGUGUAAUUCUAAAAAUUUAGUUUUUACUUUAACAUUCAGUGCACUGUAAACAUAACAAAAGUGCAAUACAUUUUAUAUUUAACAAACGUAAAACAUGCACCAAAUCUUUUUUUUAUUGUGUACUGUAUAUACAAUUCUAAUGUUUGUUACUAAUGUGCCUGAAUAUCUACAUUACACCCCUACCUUAUUCAUUGAAUGAACUGGAUUUGAAGCAUAAUCUUUGAGUCUCAAUUGCAGAAUUGCUCAAUUGAGUCAAUCACGUGAGAGAGCAUUUUAUGUACUUCAGUUCACUUACAUUCAGUUAUUUUACAUACCCUGCUUGUUAAUACAUAACCAUUAAUACAUAUACUAAAUAAUUAAACAUUUAAAAGCAGCAGGCACAGUGAAGGUAUUGGCUGCAAUAGUUUUAUUUGAUUAUGAUUUGAUUUAUUACUUGAAAUGUUUUCAUGAUAGACUUUAAACCAUUGUUUCUAAUUUUAGGAAUAAACCAUUGUCUUGUAAAUAAGUAAUAAAGACAUGUUUGGUAUAAAAAAUAAUGCCA